AUGGCUUUCUCCUAUUCGGAAAAAAUAUGUUUGAGUGCCUUCUGUUUAUUUGUGAUCCUGGUACAAAUUUCCAGUGGAUGUUCCCCGAUUCCUGGAGACGGGAUUGAUAAAAUUGAGAAAAAGUUUUAUUAUUCGGAUUUAGUAGUUUAUGGCAAAGUUUUAGCUCAUUUUGAGGAGGAUAAACCUAUGUAUGACUCUGUAUACACUGCCUUGAUGGAAGUCUAUUGUACCUUCAAAGGAAAUCCAGUACCUCAGAAAAUCAACAUUAGCGAAGCCGCUUCAUCAAAAGCCAACUCACUAACGAUAGGAUUAACAACCAAUAAUAAUGUUUUAAAAAGAUCAACGUCCAAUAUCCAGGGAGCUCAGGACACUUCAGAUUUCAAUAAAACAUUUGGAAAUGUCGAUGGCAAUAUGAUAUGUAAAAAGUCGCAGAUGAAAGCAUUUGGUAUGAUGUAG